UCCAUCUCUGCGAUCACCGUGUGCCAGUGCAGGCAGAGCGGGGAGGGAGGGAGGGAGGACGCCGCUGUCCUCUCCGGGAACAUUUACAUCAGCAUCAUCACAGAUUAACCCCUUCCGCCACAUAUGCUGUCAUCCGGGGGCUCGGAUGACGGGGGGAUCGAGGGACCAGAGAAGACACUGGCUUUUGACGCGAAGACUAGACAGGGAUUGCUUUCCACUGUGAACCUCAGCAGUGGCAGCUGGAAGAGGGGUUUCAUCUUCAGAGAGCAAAGCACCAGGCAGCAUCACAACUCUGGUUCAGGGUGAAUUGUGACCGAUGGCAGAAAUGGUGAUUUUCUUGAAUGGACAGAAUUGGUAGCCCGCGGCCGUCUUGGAUCGCAGCACCAUCAUCUGGAGCGCAUCGCAACUUUGGAUCUAAAUUUCAAGCCAUUGCUUUCUGGCCUGACCUUCUGGCUUUGAAGGAUGGGUGAUGGAGCUGUGACUGAUCCUGCCUGCCUGCCUCACCGCACCCUUCAAUGGAGCCCGUGUGGAACUCCUCCCACACACCUCCACAGCCCACAUCCAACAUGUCUGCCUCCUUUCAGCCUGAGGGCUGGGCUCUGUCCCAGUCGCUAGCCAUGCUGGCGAUGCUGCUCAUGGAUCUGCUGGCUGUGGUGGGUAAUGUGGCUGUCAUGGCGGUCAUUGCCAAGGCUCCCCAGCUCCACAAAUUUUCCUUUGUUUUCCACCUGUGCGUGGUGGACCUGCUGGCAGCCCUGGUGCUGAUGCCCCUCGGCAUGCUCUCCAGCCGAGCCUUCUUCGGAGAGGCUUUGUGCAGGAGCUAUCUGUUUCUCAGCGUGUGCCUCGUCAGUGCUGCCAUUCUGUCCAUCUCUGUCAUCAACGUGGAGCGUUACUACUACGUCAUACAUCCCAUGCGCUAUGAGGUGAAGAUGACGGUUGGCCUGGUGGCCUCGGUGCUGGUGGGGAUCUGGGUCAAAGCUCUCACCAUGUCUGCUCUGCCACUGAUCGCUUGGUUCCUCCAAGGUGGGAGAACUCCUCUUCUGGAGAGCGGUGGGGUUGGAGGAGGCGGUGGAGGGGCCGUCCCGUCCCCCCCGGCUCAGGGUCACAGGCGCUGCUCACUGCACUGGACUGGGGGAGGGUCAAACCGCUUAGCCUUCAUGGUCCUCUUCACACUGGUGUAUUUCCUGUGUCCGCUGCUGGUCAUUCUAGUUGUGUACUGCAACAUGUUCAAAGUGGCUCGGGUGGCGGCCAUGCACCACGGCCCCCUGCCUACCUGGAUGGACACCCCGCGUCGCCAGCGGUCAGAGUCCCUCAGUAGCCGUUCAACCAUGGUCACUAGCUCGGGGACUGGCUCCGGGACUGACAGAGCGACGCCACAUCGGCCCUUUGGGGGAGGAAAGGCUGCAGCGGUGUUGGCAGCUGUGGGUGGGCAGUUCCUCUGCUGCUGGCUGCCUUACUUCACGUUCCACAUGUAUUCGGCUCUGGCUGCCAGCCCACCUGCUGCAUUGGCCUCUCUGGAGGAGGUGGUCACGUGGAUCGGCUACUUCUGUUUCACCUCCAACCCCUUUUUCUACGGCUGCCUCAACAGGCAGAUCCGCGAGGAGCUGGGAAAGCAUCUGCCCUGUUUGUUCCGCAGAGCCGGGGUGGAAGUCGAGGACAGGCUGCCAAGCCGCGAAGGAUCCAUAGAGGAGAAUUUUCUACAGUUUCUUCAGGGCACUGGCUGCAACCUGGAUCCUCAGAACUCACGCAGCACUUCCAGUCCAAAGGGGGAGGCCUGCUGCCCCGUGGCUCAUUCUCAGCCGGCCGAGCCAGCCCAGCCUAUCCCCAUCGAUUUCCGUAUUCCUGGACAAAUAGCAGAGGAAAUGUCAGAGUUUAUUGAAAUCGAACACACAAAAAGCAACCACAUAUAUACAGACAAGUAAGUUUCAUUGAGGUUUUAUAUACUGAAAACACCUAAAAAUAUUACAAAUAUCAGGAUUUUUUUUUCCAUCGUUGCAAAAACUGUCAGGACAGUUCAUUUGUGGGAUUUUCUCUCAUCUUUCAUUGUUUUGGCUCUAAUUACUGAUUAAGUAAAUCAUACAGCUUAAUGCAAUGUGAUGCGUUUGAUGAUUGGGAAAAAAAGGGAAAUUACUGUUACAUUGGCUGUGCAUUAGCCUUUUACGCAACCUCUCGGAGCAGUAAACGACUCAGUGAAUUCAUGUUUUAAAAAGCUUUUUUUAAUAAAACAAAAAAAAUACUUUGCAAGAAGAGGGUUUUAUUUCACAAAGAAACAAAUGGGUCAUUUUGGGGAAUUUUCUUCUGAGUUGAAAUUAAGGAACACUUGUUAGAUUAGAACCAGCUUCUUGUUUGGUUGUGUUUUAGAAAGAUUUGCCUUCACUGGUCAGCAAUGAAAAGGAAGCAGUUCCACACAAUUUUAACUUGUGUUUAACUAAGAAGUCACUCAUUAGAAAAUGAAAAGAGGACUGGAAUAUGGAAAAUAACAGCCACAAAUGGAAUAAAGGGUUUCUGUGUUUUAGAAAUUUACCAAGAUUGUUAGGUUGUUAGUUGAGUCAGGCUAAAAAUAAUCAACGAUGAAGAGUACAACAGGGGUGUCCAAAGAGGGGCCGAUUUGGUGAGGUCACAAUGUGUGAGCUACAACCGUUUGGCCUGCAUUUAACAAAUGCAAAUGAACAUUUUCCUGAAAUGGGAUACUUUUUAUUUCAUUACAUAGAAGGAAUUAGAUCUAAAAACAUGUUUUACUAAAAACACUGUAAACUUCAUUUUUUAAGGCCAAAAAUAAAAUGAAGAAAAAGUCUGUCUGGCAAAAAAAUCUUUUGUUUACAUUAAAUCUGGGUACAUAUGAAAUGUUACAUACUAUACACUAUUAAAUUCUCACUGUAAAUUUCUAAAUGUACAUUUUGUGAACUGGCAAAUAACAGAAACAGUGAUCUUAUUUUGAUCACAGAAAGGAAUCUGUUCUUGUCGUUUGGCCCUUAAGGCUCUGAAGGUCAGUAGCCACAAGCUGUCGCCACAGGUUUACAACAGCUUAUGAUGUAAUUUACCGUUAAGAAACUGCACACUCGGUUCUUUAAAGAGCUGGGAGCCAUAUUUUAUUAAUUUCAUGACAGGAAUGGUGGAAAUUUAAAUGUGGGCUACAUUUGGCCGGACUUUGGACAUGCCUGGUGUACAGAUUGUGGCCUAAACCCUCACAAACAGGCUGUUUACAAAGCUUUUUCUUUCCAAAAAGUUAUUUAUUCUUCUUUUAAUAUUCUAAAAAGCAAAUCUUAUGCUACAAGCCAACUUUCUAACUCAUGUUGAGGUUCUCUGAGCUUUCUGCCAUAUGUUGUAUUUAUCUAUGUGUUUGGAUAUAGAUCUUAAAGCAGUAUUUUCAUGUUGCACUGCUUGACACUCAAAUGUGAUUCUUACGUUGCUUUAUGUACUAAAGUGUGUGUUCUAACUUGGUAAAAGUGUAAGUUUGGGUUGUGUGUGUCACUCAGUGAGUGAGUUCUUCUUUGUAUACGGUGACAUAAAGCAUCCGUGGUUCAGUUCAGGACAAAGAGGUUCAUAUUUUGUUUGUUUUUUUGUAGUGCAGUUGCUGCCAUCUUCACAUUUCUCAGCUUUUCAGGGGGUUUUCUACUGACGGAGCAUACAGAUACUUUACCUUGAUCCACUCUGCUUGUCAGGGUUUAUUACAGUACCUCAGUGCAGGAAAUGAUCUUAUUUUCUAAUCACGUGUUUUGUCAGGUAUAAAAUUUGCACAUUAGAGGUUUUAAAAAAGUGAAGUGAUGGGGGAAUGUGAUACUGAAAGCUGAGAGUGAAGACUUUACAUGUCAGUUUGAUGGAGGGGCAUUUUUUAGAAAUCUGUUCUGGGAUACGUGUGUGGAGAUAUUUGGACACACGAAUGACUCCAGGAACAUUUCUUAUGUACUAUGGAAACAGGGUUUUUAACGCUGCUUUUUUCAGAGGGUGUUUCCGUGACAUUACCAAAUGAAACUCAAUAGCUUGCUGAGUUUACUACCUUCUUCUCAUCCUGUCUAAACUGUGAAUGAUGUUGAACAUUUGUGUUCUUAUUUAAGUUUGUCCAGACAUCUUUUAAUGCUGUGAUUAAAAUAAAGAAUAACUUCCACAGAAGAAAAAAAGAUGAAUGUGUUCAGAUAAAAAAAAAAAACAUUGCUUGAAAUGGAUGAAGAGGUCCUGUUGUAAUAAAAAGUUUCUAUGUUUUUAAAUUAUUUUGGAUGCAAACUCAUUUUUAGCUCUUUAUUUGAUACUUUUCUAUUUAUGUGGGGUCUUAACCUCUUUGUUUUCUAUUUUUUAUCACAAAGCGAUGGUUGUGGGAGGACACAGUCUAAACACUUUGACCUAUAGGGAUCAGUUCAGUUGUAAAGGUCAAAGCAGAGCGUUGUCAUUCAUCCUGCUUAAAUAAAACAAACACAGAAGAUGCUCCAGCAGAAAGGAGAGCUUUUUCCUCUGCAA